AAAGGCGGCGUUGGUUUCCGUAUCCCAACAUUAACGCCAUUACCAAAGAUAGAAGACUUUUCAUUUGGUAAGUGCCUUCUCAAAAUCUGCAAACUAAAUUAAACCAUGGAGAGAAGAAAGACGAGGUCGAGUGGAAAACGAGAACAUGCUUUAAGGGAGAAAUCGAACGAGGCAUCGAUGGAAGGUGCGAUGUCAAUCAACAAUGCUUCAAAAACAGUCCCUGAAGCCGUCGUCGAGACAGCUGUGGGUUUGAGAGCAUGCACGAGCGGACCGAGUGGAGUGGAAAAGGUGGUGGUGGACGGCGGUGGAGAAGAAGGAACCGGUGCAUCCAAAGAAGAAUUGUGUGUGCGGAAAGAUGCAAAUCUGAAAAAGAGAAAAAGAGAUGGAAAACAAAAAGUGUCGAACAAGGAUGUGGAUGGUUGCACAGAUAGCGAUGAUGAUUUUGUAUCCCCAAAAGAGGAUAGGAAAGUGCCACGAAAAGUGAUGGAAACAGAGGUGAAUGCCAUUCAAACAAGAUGUUCUCCACGUCUACUUGUGAAAGCAAUGAAAGCGAUGAACGAAGAUCAAAAGAAAGCAGUUCGAGACAUUGGAUUCGGUGGCCUCCUAAAUCUAGAGAUCUCACAGUUGCCAUCAAGAAUGGCAUCAUGGGUUGUUGAAAAUUUCAAUCCAAGAAACUGCACUAUAAGGCUUGCAGAGGGAGCCAGUAUGCAUAUUUCAGAAGAAGAUGUGGCACGUGUCUUUGGAUUGCCUAUAGGAGGUAAACAUAUAGUGCCACAAAAAAACCACGAACCGAGCAUCAUUCUGAAGGAGUGGAGGGCUAUAUUUAAGAAAGAUGGGAGGAAAAUAACACCGGCUGAUAUAUGUGAUGCCAUGCUUUUGUGUGACAAAGGUGGUAUAUGGUUUGUCAGACACUUUAUAGUGCUGGUUGUUACUCUGAUUUUUGACAGUGGGUCAAAUGGAUAUGCACACCCAUUGAUCAUGAACAAUCUCGAAGAGGAGAG